CUGACAUCCGAGAGACACGGUAAAACCAAGAGUUGGAACUCUCCUGUGCCAGCAAUCUCGACUCUACUCCAGACUGUCAGAAAGCAACCCAUCCCAUUUCCCCAGAAAUUGCUCAACCUCUUCAAUUCUGCGUACAGCGGGUCGGGUUUUCCAUCGUUCACUUUCGUUCAUCUCCGUUUUAGUUCGUUUCGUCCCUUUUCGCCCAGGAUCGCGCAGUUGUCGACGCCCUAUCGAUCUUAAAUCGUGACCCUCCUUAUCUUCAUAACGACAUCACCGCGCGUCCUCCUUAGACCAUGGCGACCGUCACAGAAGCCGUGAAAGAAUCCCUCUUGGGGACUACAGUUCCGGACUCUUUGUCAGGUGAAGCAAGAGCCACGUUUCUCAAACAUUCCAGACCGGCUGAAGAUGGAGAGCUGUACAUGAACGAGGAAGACUUUAUUGAUGCGAUUGCACCGCCGGAAGAAGAUUAUCACAAAAUCAAGCGAGAACAAUAUGGCAUCCUCUUUGGUGUCGCCGAUCGCCACAAACGCGGCCACAUCUCCCUGAGCGAAUGGGCCGCUUUCGACAACCUCCUCUCCAAAUCCGACGCAGAGUACGAGAUCGCCUUCAGACUCUUCGAUGUCGAAGGAACCGGUUCCAUCAAGUCGGAAGUCUUCCAGAAGAUCUACGAGCAAAACCGUGGUCAAGACAGUAUCCCCUUUGACUUCAAUUCAGAAUGGGCCUCGUUAUACAUUGGCGGCAAGACCAAGAGACAUGAAAUGACAUACCCGCAGUUUGCACAGAUGAUGCGUGGUCUCCAGGGCGAACGGAUACGACAGGCUUUCCACAUGUUUGACAAAGACAAGGAUGGAUACAUUGAUCCUGAAGAGUUUGAGCGCAUUAUUCGAGCCACUUCGGGCCACAAGCUGUCAGACCAUCUACUGGAGAACCUGCCCACGCUCUGCAACAUCUCAACAGGAACAAAGAUCUCCUAUGCCAACGUUAGAGCUUUCCAAAACGUCAUUCGCGAGAUGGACCUGCUCGAUUUGAUCAUCCGCAAUGCUACCGCCAAGUCAACGGACGGCCGAAUCGACCGGCAAGAUUUCCUCAACGAAGCGGCACGUCUGACACGGUUUUCUCUCUACACCCCCAUGGAAGCAGAUAUCCUGUUCCACUUCGCCAGUCUCGACCAGCCUGGUGGCCGUCUCGCUCUCGACGAUUUUGCCAAGGUCCUGGACGCAAGCUGGCAGACUCAGGGUGCGAAGAUAAGCGGCGCAGUUACAGAUGCAGCUGACCGGGUGGUAUCGAAGUCGCAACAAUUCCUCUCCAGUUUGCUUGAAUCCGCUCACCACUUCGGUCUCGGCAGUAUCGCUGGCGCCUUCGGUGCGUUCAUGGUAUACCCGAUCGAUCUCGUCAAGACGCGAAUGCAGAAUCAGAGAAGUUCCCGUGUGGGCGAACGUCUGUACGAGAACUCAUUAGACUGUGCGCGCAAGGUCAUCAAAAACGAAGGCCCGCGUGGCUUGUACUCCGGUGUCCUGCCGCAACUUGUCGGUGUCGCUCCGGAAAAGGCCAUCAAACUCACUGUCAACGACCUCGUUCGAGGACGAUUCACAGACAAGCAGACCGGUCAUAUCCCGCUCUCUGCUGAGAUUCUUGCCGGUGGUUCGGCCGGGGGUUGCCAAGUGGUUUUCACGAACCCGCUCGAGAUCGUCAAGAUCCGACUGCAAGUCCAAGGCGAACUGGCCAAGAAGACCGACGUACCUAAGCGUUCGGCAAUGUGGAUCGUCCGCAACUUGGGUCUGAUGGGCCUGUACAAGGGUGCUUCGGCGUGUCUGUUACGUGACGUGCCUUUCUCUAUGAUCUACUUCCCCACGUACAGCCACUUGAAGCGCGACAUGUUCGGCGAGUCACAGACCAAGAGACUCGGUGUUCUGCAGCUCUUGACGGCAGGCGCCAUUGCCGGUAUGCCGGCCGCGUACCUCACAACUCCGUGCGAUGUUAUCAAGACGAGACUGCAGGUCGAGGCGCGCAAGGGCGAUGUCACGUACAACGGGCUCGUGGAUUGCGCGCGGAAGAUCUGGCGCGAUGAAGGGUUCAAGGCGUUUUUCAAAGGUGGCCCAGCAAGAAUCCUGAGAAGUUCGCCCCAAUUCGGUUUCACUUUGGCCGCGUAUGAGGUGUUGAGCAAACUCUUGCCCUUCCCCGGUAGUGUAGAAGAGGCCGAGGGACACAAGGGCACGGCGGGCAAGAUGGAGCCGGGGGUUGGUCUCAGAGAGGCCAAGGCUCCGUUGCCGUAUUUGAGGAGUCGGAAUGCCUUGAAGAUCUUGCUGGAUUUGGAUAAUAAUUUUGGCUCGGUCAGAGUGCCGGGACGUAUGCCGGAGGGAGUCAGGUGGUUCGGAAAGCCUGCUUCAUGAACCGAGCGACAAUGCCACGAGGCUGCGGUGACGUCUCAUGGAAAGAAGAGAUGAGAACUUCUUUUCCUGGCUGAGAGAGGACGAAGUGAGCACAGCACGGUGAGGUCAAGAAGAGACAAGAUGAGACAAAAUGAGAAGGAGAAGGGGAUGAAGAUGAAGAUGAAGUGUUUUGUGUUGUUGCACAUAAUAUGGUCAUGUGGAUCAUGACAUGGACGUUGGUCAUAGCAUAUGAGUGCCUCCUCAGCUGGCUGGCGUUUUCUUCUUCCACCCAUGCAUAUUCAAAGGUCGGUGGGCUUCCCAGCGCUGGGCUGGGCUUGGGCUUGGACUUUGGGCUCUGGGCUUAAGACUGGGGAUUGCGGCUUGGGUCAUAGCGUUGCUAUUGUCAUUGUGAUGUGAGUACUUUGAGCAAAGAUGUUAGAUGUCGAUAGAGCGGUAGAGCGAUAGAAGCUACAGCUACCUGAAUCGCAAGAUGAUCGGAGAUUGG